UGUGGCCCGGGCGUUGCGCUGCUCCCUGGGGCUGCGAGGUGGGGACCGGCAGUUGCGGUCACCUACGAGCGGGGCGUCUGGGCCAUGAGGACCGCUCUGGUGUAUCACGAAGACAUGACUGCCGCCAGGCUGCUCUGGGAGGAUCCCGAGUGUGAGAUCGAGUGUCCAGAGCGCCUGACCACCGCCAUGGGACUCCUGCAGCAGCGUGGCCUGGAGCAGAGGUGCCUGCGGUUGACAGCCCGAGAGGCCUCCGAGGCCGAGCUGGGCCUGGUACACAGCCCAGAGUACGUGGACCUGUUGCGGAGGACUCAGUCCCUGGGCACCGCGGAGCUCCAGGCACUGUCUGGACAGUAUGAUGCCGUCUACUUCCAUCCGAGCACCUUCCACUGUGCGCGGCUGGCCGCGGGGGCUGCGCUGCAGCUGGUGGACGCAGUGCUGACCGGAGCUGUGCACAAUGGGCUUGCCCUCGUGAGGCCUCCUGGGCACCACAGCCAGAGGGCUGCUGCCAAUGGAUUCUGCGUGUUCAAUAAUGUGGCCAUAGCGGCCAAACAUGCCCAGCAGAAACACGGGCUGCAGAGGUGUGUGGCAGCAGGUGGGGCCAGGCCAGACGGAAGGGUGGAGCAGAGUAGGUUGCUGAGAGACCCUCUACCCAGCUUCUUUCUGUCCUGGGCUGGGCUCCUGGCCGGGAGGGGGAGGCCCUGCCCCACAGUGAGCCCAGCGCUAUCUGUCCCCAGGAUCCUCAUUGUUGACUGGGAUGUCCACCAUGGCCAGGGCAUCCAGUAUAUCUUUGAGGAUGACCCCAGUGUCCUUUAUUUCUCCUGGCACCGUUAUGAGCACGGGCGCUUCUGGCCCUACCUGCCAGAGUCUGAUGCAGUAGCUGUCGGGCAGGGGCCAGGCCGAGGCUUCACUGUCAACCUGCCCUGGAACCAGGUCGGGAUGGGAGACGCUGACUACAUGGCCGCCUUUCUGCACGUGCUGCUCCCCCUGGCUUUUGAGUUUGAUCCUGAGCUGGUGCUAAUCGCGGCAGGAUUUGACUCAGCGAUUGGGGAUCCGGAGGGGCAGAUGCAGGCCACGCCAGAGUGCUUUGCCCACCUCACACAGCUGCUGCAGGUGCUGGCCAGGGGUCGUGUCUGCGCCAUGCUGGAGGGUGGCUACAACCUGGAGUCGCUUUCUGAGUCCGUGUGCAUGACGGUGCAGGCCCUGCUGGGUGACCCCACCCCGCCCUUGUCUAGGCCUAUGGUGCCACAUCACAGUGCCCUGGAGUCCAUCCAGAGUGUCCGGGCAGCCCAGGCCCCUCACUGGACAAGCCUCCAGCAGCAAGACUCUGCCCCCAUCCUGAGUCCCAGCACCCACUCGCCAGAGGGGAGGCCCUCGCCUCUGUUGUCUGGGGGGCCAGAAUUCAAGGUUGCAGCGGCCCAGGCCACGGCGGCACUGAGUGCCCUCCUGGCCCAGCUACACCUCCGCCCCACGCCCCCUGUCCGCACGGCUGUUGCUCUGACUGCACUGGACACUGCUUUGGUCCUGCCCCCUGACGUCCUCCAUCAGGAGGGGUCAGCCCCGAAGGAGGAAGUGCAGGCCUGGGCCAGGCUACAUGAGGCCCUGGCUAAGGACGAGGCUGGCAGUGCACUUGGGAAGGUCCUGUACCUUUUGGAUAGGAUUUUGGAUGGGCAGUUGAGCAGCGGCAUCGCAGCCACCCCAGCCCCUGCUGCGGCUGCCAUCCUGGACGUGGCCAUUCGGUGCAGCCUUUCCCGGGGCGCCCAGAGGCUUCUCUGUGUGGCUGUGGGACAGCUGGAUCGGCCAUCGGACCUUGCUGAUGAUGGGAGGACUCUGUGGCUGAACAUCAGGGGCAAGGAGGCUGUUGCCCUGUCCAUGUUCCACGUCUCCAUGCCACGGCCAGGGACGACUGGUGGGUUCCUGAACUUCCUCCUGGCCCUGGUGCUGCCCCUGGCCUAUGGCUUCCAACCUGACCUGGUGCUGCUGGCACUGGGGCCGGCCCAUGGCCUGCGGGACCCCCAAGCUGCACUCCUGGCUGCACUGUUGCGGGCACCAGUAGGGUGCCGAGUCUUGGCCCUUGUGGAUGAGGAAUCCACACCCCAGCUUGUAGGCGUCCUGGCCCAGGUGCUGCAUGGAGAGGCCCCCCCCAGCCUGGGCCCCUUCUGCAUGGCCUGCCCGGAGGAGAUGCAGGCCCUGAUGCACCUGCGAAGGCAGCUAGAGCCACAGUGGAAGAUGCUGCAGGUGGCCGCUCCCGCUUGAGUGCCAGGACCCAGCUGCUUGAGAUCGGCCAGGUGGAGAGUAUUUAUACCCCGGGAAUGACACUACAGACCAGUCCCCCAGGAGCCGGGGGGGUGAACGUUAACCAGCACACCGCCGCCUGAUGUCCCGGCCUCCUCCGGGCGCCUGGGCACUGGCUCAGGCACCCGGUGCGCACAGGGGCUGCCUGGAGCCCCUCCGCCCCCGCCUCGUACGAAGGCCCCGCCCAAGCUCCCUUCACGUC